AUUGCCAUUCUUAUGCAAAACCAAGACCUUUUCAAAAGGAAUAAACUUCAGUACAUAAGCUGAUGUACAUGUACUAGUACUUGUAGCUAUGGCUUGCAGGCCGCUGCAGCCUCACCAUCAAAGCCUCCAUAGUAAUAAUUCCUCUUUCUCUUUCUCUCUCUCUCUCUCUCUUUUCCUGCAUAGCUUCUUCAGUUACUCAUAGCUCACAUUCACCAAAAGAUUCUCACAUCAGAAUUCAGAUCACAUUCUGAUUUCCCUACAAAAAGAUUUUCCCAUCCUGUUUUCUUUUUAGUUAAGUGAAAAUAACUUAUGGGGUAGUUGUUAAUUGUAAUAUCAUUUCUGUGAUCACAAGCAAAUUUCCCAGCUGAUCAUAUGGGCAUGUUGGGCCUGAGAGACCUCUUUCUCAUAGCUCCAAGCUCUUCCAUGCACCAGCAAAACCAAACCAUUUCCUCUGAUCACCGCCCAAACAUUCCUCUGCCUUCCUCUGCCGCCCUUGGUGUUGGCCUCGGCAUUUUCCCGCUCCUCACCGCCACUCCAUGCAUAACUCCAUCAAACAAUGAUGGCUCUGAGAAAAUGGUGGAUAGCAGCAGUGGGAGUGGUAUGAGGGCUUGCAGGGACUGUGGGAACAGAGCCAAGAAGGAUUGCAGUCAUGGGAGGUGCAGGACUUGUUGUAAGAGUCGUGGUUAUGAUUGUUCUACUCACGUGAGGAGCACGUGGGUGCCGGCGUCUCGUCGGCGGGAUCGGAAGAUGGUGGUGGUUGGCGGUGGCAGUGGCAGUGGUGAUGUUGAUGGUUCUUCUGGGUCUUCUGGUGUUAAAAGGUCGAGAAUUGUGGCGUCACCUCCUCCAGCAACUACUGCAUCCCAUGCUUCUACGUCUAGGAGUGGUGACAUUAGUUCUGCCCACCAAGAUCCAAAAAUCCUCUCAGUUUUUCGCUCCCCUCCCGCGCUCAGUUUCUCGCAAGGUCCCGUCUCUAUCUCUCUCACUCCGGCGACGUCUUCGGCCACCGAGUACUGCAAGAAGCACGUCGAGGCCCCCAAAGCAGCCGCCGCAUCCGAAGAACGCUCCACCUCCUCCUCCGAUGACCUCAAGGCCUAG